GUAGAGAAGGAGUUAUGAUGUGGGGGUGCUUCAUUCACAAUAGACUUGGUCCGUUAGUUGAAGUAAGUGGCAAAAUCAAUGGGCAGAAGUAUAGAGAAGUACUUCAUAAUAAUCUUCUACCAUUUUUAAAUGAAUUGGAGGAUGG